AUGUCGAAGCAACAGGGGAUGUCGGACGAGCAGGGGAUGUCAGACGAGCAGGGGAUGCCGGAAGAUCAGGGGUUGCUGGGGGAACAGAGGAUGGCGGAGGAGCAGGGGUUGCCGGAGGGGCAGCGGUUGCCGGAGGGGCAGGGGUUGCCGGAGCCGGCGGACGGCAGCGAGCCGGAUGUCUUUGAAAUUGACCUCCCGAUCACUGUGUUGGUGCUGAGCGAUGAUGAUUUUCUCCAAGAUGACACCGAAGAGCAGGCGGCGUCCGUUCCCGAGGUGAAGCAGGAUGGUGAACAGGAGGUUAACACAAAUAAAAGUGAUGGGACACCUCUAAAUGACAGAAACAGUUUAAGGGUUUGUGUAGAAAACGAGAAUGCUUCAAAUAAGGAUAAUGUGAAAUGCUCUGAAGAAAUACGUGUUGCUGAGAUUGAGUGUAACAACACAAAAACAUUUUUAAGUGAUUCGUGUGAUUCAAGCACAGAUAAAUACAGUCAGAACUGCUCGUUGUCUACAUUGUUUUGCAAAACAGAGUUUACAGAGGUACACAAAGCCAACGACAGAGAAGAAUGUGAUGGUGAUGAUGGGCUCCAGAAGAUUCCUCUUCUCUCUACUGUUCUCGAGGGUGGAGAUGAGGCUAUCGAGACAAGCAGACAGGUGACAUUGGCAGCAAUACACAAACAUGGAGAGGAAUUUCUCAGUGUUGCAAGUGUUCCUUCUGAUGGCAGUCAAGAGAAACAACCAGAAAUCCACAAGAAGAUGGAGACAACUGUUGAAAUGGAAGAUCUUGAUUCUUCAAAGAAUGGAGAUAAAGAAGUUGAAAAGAGAAAGAGGAGCAAAUUUGAAGAAGAAAGUCUGAGUUCUCUUUUGGGACAUGACUUGAAAGAAGAAUCAGAAUUUACAUGUUGUUCAGUUCCACUUCAUAGUGGAUGUGCUUCAGAAGAAUUGCUAAAAAAUGUAGGGGAAACAGAGGUAAAUGCUUCCACUUCUGCUGAAUCAAAUAUUACUGGAGAGCAUAUUUACAAGACAUUAGCAACAUUUCCUAGAAAAAGAUACUGGCAACAAAAGGCUGUUUCACCUGAUGGAAGCCCCACAGAAUGCCAAAGUCUUCAAGGUUUAUCAUGGCUAAGUAAUAGUCUGACCAUCAAGCCUUUCUCUAAAGCAUGUUUUGUAAAUAAGCAUGAAAGAUUGAAGUGUAGGUUUUGUAGUUCGGUGUAUAAAAGUAGUGCACAUCUCAAGAGGCAUGUUUAUUCAGCUCAUAAAGAUAAGAAAAUACAUAAAUGCUGCUUUUGUAGGAGAACCUUUUUCUUUUCUGUCAACCUUAAGAAUCACCUUAAAUUUCAUAAGAAAAGAAGUAAGUUGCAAAAGGCAAGAAAAAAUAGAAUAAAUGUGAGAAAACUAAUGCAGAGAAGAUCUGAAGAAAGGAAGUCUGAGACUAAGAAAAAAGAAAGUAAAUAUGAUAAAUUUUUCAUCAAAAUUGAAAGGGACUUUACACCUCAGGACAUGCCAGUUAGUUUUUCCUGCAAAAGCUGUUUCUUUGUUUCAUCAAAUCCUAGGAGUUUUAUUAAUCACAUGAAAGGUCAUAAAGAGAGACCACCUUACCAGUGUCCUCAAUGUGAUUAUUCCUGCAUUAGCUUAUCCUAUCUGUUAAAUCACAUGUACUGGCAUGCUGGGUAUAAGCUGUACCAGUGCAGGUUUUGCACCUUUCUUUCAUUGCAUUUUGCAAGCAUGGUAAGGCAUAGCUACAUACACACAGGGGCUAAACCCUAUUUCUGUGAGUUCUGUGAGUCAGCAUUCACAAGCACUACUGGGUUAAAGAGACACAGGAGAUUACAUGCAAGCGAGGAAACAAGCCAAGGGCAGCAAGUGGGCUUCAUAAGUGGAAGAAAGACAGCCCAAAGAGCUCUGAAGCAUUAUACAUGUGAUGAGUGUAACACAGUAUUUUACAGCAGAGAACAUCUCAGCUUUCAUAAGAAAUUCCAUGAUCAGUUUAAGGCUACUGUUAAUGGUUAUGUGAACCAGAGCAAUGAAUAUCAUAAAAACAAAAUAUGCAAAGUUGACAGCAGUUCGCAGAACUGUUCUUCUCUGUCUCUUUCUGGUAAAGACAAUGAAUGUUUCAGUGGAGAAGUACUGACUUCAGAAAUUGACUAUGGGAAGGCAGGCGAGGUAUGGGACAGUAAGAAAAAUUGCCCUGAAAAGAAAUUCUCUGCAAACAGCCAUAGCAGCAAGAGCUUACCUAUUACUGGCAAUAGAUCAGAAGGUCCUCUGCAUUCUUACAAAAUGGACACCUUAAUUUGCAGAGAGGAACCUCUCUUUAACUCCAGGGACUUUCAUUCACAAGAUGAUAAUGUAUAUGAGAGAUGUAUGGAAAAUCUAGAGGAUACACAGCCUUCUAAUUUGCCUAGAUUUAAAACUUACAAGUGCCAACACUGCAAUUAUGCUACCGUUAAUUAUAGCAACUUUAAGUGGCACCUAAAAAUACACACCAAUGAAAGACCAUUUGUAUGUGAAGAAUGCAAUGAGACGUUUAAAACAUUGAACCAUUUGGAGACACACAGCCUCAUUCAUGUGAAGAAUAGAUACGGGUUUUACCAUUGCCUCUAUGUCGACAGCCAUUUAGAGAAUCUUGAAUUGCACCAUGAAAUGCAUGAUGGUAUGUGUCCAGAAAGACAUUUUGAUUCCUUGGAAGGUUCAAGCAAUGCCCAUUCCUUGCUUGAUUCAGAUGUCUCUGGAGUUCAGCCAGAUGUCCAGAGGGUUAAAGAAACUGAUAUGCUAGUAGGUCAGCCGCGAUUCUAUCAGUGUGUGGAGUGUGAGUACGCUACAUAUACUUUAAGCAAUCUUGAACUCCAUAUCAGAACUCACACAGGCGAGAAACCUUACAGCUGCAGUGUUUGUCAGAAGAAGUUUCGUACCUCCAGUCACCUGAGAAGACACACAGUCACACAUUAUAAUAUAGAGCAUCUGAAGUGCAGGAACUGUGACUAUUCAACAAACAAAUGGCUGUCCUUGAAACAGCAUCUGGCUUCACACUCCUGCAAGGAAAGUUCAUCUACUGGCUCUCUCUACCAAACACAAAAUCAAAAUCAGCUACCUUUCAAAACAUACAAGUGUGAAGAAUGUGGCUAUUGCACAGCCCACAAUGGAAACUUGAAGCUACACCUGAGAAUUCACACAGGGGAGAAGCCCUUCAAGUGUGGUCAGUGCGCUGUUGCUUUCCGCACAUCCAGCCACCUGAAGCGCCACUUACUGACUCAUUUAAAGUUGCGCUGCAGAAGAUGUAAAUUUUCUACAUUAGAUAAGCAUGCUUUCCAAAAGCAUGCAAAAACACACAUAAAAAAGUACAAAUGUGGAAAGUGUAAUGUGAUGCUGCCUACCAAGAAAAUUCUGGAAAAGCAUAAGCAGCAACAUACACUUGAAGUAUAAGCCUGGGAUUUGUAAGUCGUCACGUGAUUCUGGAGAGGUUUGCAUAUUUUUUUGUUGGUUUGCAUUUCCCUGCAGCCCCCAGAAUAAUGGCUGGAAAUGCAUCCAGCAUUUUGGUACAGAGUGAAACUUGACGUAUCAUUCAUCAGUUUAACCACUUUGUCCGUAUAACUUACUUUAUUGUUUAAAAAGUAAUUAAAAACAAAUCUCUUGAUUAACUGAAAAAAUGUUUAAAGUGAUGGAAAGGGGUUAUUAAGAGGGAAUAUAUGUUUUAUUGUGUAGUAAUAACAUCUCAUUUUGAAAUCGUCAAUGUGUUUGGAGGCUUAAUGUUACCUUCCAUCUGCUGAAAGUCACAUUCCCUAAUCCCAGGAUCUUCUGCCAUGCUUACAAGAGAAGGAAAAUAAGCUCACAGAGUUACAGAAACAAAAGAUUUGUGGCAUCACUGGAAUGUUUUCUGUAUGUAUAUAGGUAAAAGAUUUAUUAGGCAGUUAUCUUGUCUGUAUUUUUAAUACUUUGACAGAAAUGAUUGUUCCGAAGGAGAUGUUUUAUGAUGCUAAGAAUCAAUCUUCACUCAUAUGUAAAUGUGUAAUGUUAAUUUAGUAUGCAAUGCUUUAUCUUUUCUCAGGCUGGUAGUUACUGUGUUGUUUCUUCACAUAGAAAGAAUAUUUUUUGAAGAACUUCUCAAUUUAACCACUUGCUGAUAUAUUACAAAUAUCAGUUACACUGACAACCUUAGCAGUAUCUUGAACUACAAAAUUAAUUUUGUUGAAGAGGUUUACUAUGCAUAAGGACCACUUGUACCAAACAGCAGUUGUUACCUGUUAGAGUGAAAAAAGAUGGAUGCUUUUUUCCACUUUAUAUGAAAAUCUAGACAAAUCUUUUCUGAGUUUUACAGAGUUACACAGUGCUACAAACUGUGUGGAUAUCGCUGUCCUAUUCUCAAUGGCAUGGUUAACAGCAGUGUUGCCCUUUUGUGUAAAAAAAGACAAUUGCAAUUGGCUAGUGCUAACUGUCCCCGAUGUUAGUUCAGUCCAUGAAACAGCAAAGUAAACCUAUAGCUUAGUUUAGAGAAUGUAAACAUGAAGCUGCUGCUGCUUUUUACUGCUCUCAAAUGUAUGCUUUUCUUUAUUAAUAUAUAUAGUCUUGCAGAGGCUUUCUGGUAACAGGAGACAGGUGGUGGAAUCUCUCCCUCUUUGGAGAUACUCAAAAGCCAUCUGUACAUGGUCCUGGGCAACCAACUCUAGGUGUCCCUGCUUGAGAAGAGAGUUGGACCACACAACAUCUCAAAAGGCCCACAGGCAUUCUGUGAUCUGGAAUGCAGUUUUCCAGGAGUGGAUUGAAACUCACAAAUAGAUGCGUGUAUGUAGGGCUAGAUCAGUAAAGGUAUUUAAAGGAUCCAGUUCUUUGUAGCUGCAGUGAAAUCAGAAAAUACCUGAGACUCUGUACUGUGGCGGUUACAGAUCUUUAUACUGCAAGCUGGGAUGUCACCAUUUAUUAGUGAGCGAUCCAGAUCUUAGAAUGAUUGAACUGACCACCUGAUGGAGUAGUGAGAAAGAACGUUAUACCAAUAUGAAUAAAGAAAAGCAUUUUGGGGAAAUACUAACACUUAGAUAAGCAUGGAGGUAUUUUUACUUGCAUUACUGUAUAAUUCUGGACAUUUAUUUGAAGAAAACUUUGGGUAUAAAGGGAAACAAAAAGUGAAGAGAAUUCUAAGCCUGUUUACCAGAUGAGACUAGGAAAGCUAAGUCUGAUAGAGAAUAAUUGUUUAAAAGUAUGGUGUACAGUGAUCUAGAAGGGAACUAAGUUUUAAAACAUUUGUAAACACCCUAAGUUUCUUUUUAGUUAUAAGUAAGAACAGCAAAAGAUGCAGCUUGGUGAGUUUGUAAGAUUAGUUGGCUGUAAUAAAAAUAAACUGUUUCCUGACUCAAGGUUCCUCUC